AUGCAGUACAACAGCUCUCUCAUGACCUGCAAUUACUCAAACCGUGACAUUACUACGGAUGCGAGAACUGGCCGGAGUUCGUUUUCUGUUCAGGACAUUGAUACGGUCUUAACCAAUAGAUACGGCGUGAACGUGGACGUUGAUGAUACAUUUUCUUUACUAUAUCAUGAUCUUUAUCUUAGAGAGUUGAAGGAGACAUUGAAGCACACCAUGCUUGUACAUGAAUCUGUCUUUGAAAGUCAGAUUCAUGAGCUUCAUCGUCUGUAUUGGAGGCAGAAGGAACUGAUGUUGGAAAUGGAACGAACUCGACGUCACGAGGCCUUGUACCUGAAUUCUACUUUCCCUAGCCUUGGAACACACUGGAUGAAUCCGAGCGUCUCCACAUAUCAAACGAGGAGUUUUGUUUAUGAAGAUAACAUUCUUAAUCGAAUUGAAGCUGCAGAUAAUGUUGAGAAGUCUGAAAAGGUGGUCGUGGAUCUGGAACUACCGGUUUUUGAGUGUAGUGAUAGAGAGGUAGAGAGAGGUCUGAUGAAUGGUGAAGUCCAUAAAGUUGCAACCUUUCUGAAAGAGCAAUCUGUGGAAUCGGGUAACCAGUUGAGUAAGCUGCAAUUUGAUUUGAAUGAACCUGCCAAGAUCGAGGAAGAUUCUGGUUAUGUGUUCAAUCAGUUCCUGAGUCCACCAGUUACAUCAAAUGAAACUGGAGAAAAAAAGAACGAGGUAGAAGAUUCAGUAAAAGGUUCCGACUGGAUGAAUGAAGCGCAAGGCCAACAGUCGUCUGUAAAAUGUCGAGGAGGGCAUGGAAUUGACUUGAAUAUGUCUCCCUUAUCAUUUGAAGAGGAAGUAGAUACUGUUGAGAAGUUUGAAACGGAGAAACCUCAAGAGUGCGUAUCGGUUUCUUUGCACGGAAAACUCGUAACAGAGCAGUCGCGAGUGGUAGUUCAAGCUCUACCAUGUUUGAAUAGCAUUUUGCUUUUGAAGAGCUCAAGGCCAAGAAAGAAGGUAAAACAUGGUCCAAUCAACAAAGCUUUCAAAGGCUCAGAUCUUGACCUGCGCUCGACUGCUGAAGCCACCUCAGAAUCUCAGAGCGAUCAAGCGACUAUGCGAAAAGGAAGUUCAAGUUCUUUGUCUAAGGUGAAGCCUGCGAGAAACCGGACAGGUCCAGGAAAGAAAAGGCGUUGUAAACCACAAGUGAAAUCCAGUAAUGGUCACAAAGUAGUUGCGAAAAAGAAACGGAAGAAGAGCAGAAAGAUAUCUCUUGUUACAGAGGGAAAUUAUCAAGAAAUAUCUGCAGCUGAGGCUAUAGUUGAUAUGUCUAGAAAGUUCGAUCGAGAAACCUCUGAUUGUAUCGCUGCUUCCUUAGGCAGAAACCUACUCUGGUUAGCCGAGAUUUCUUCUUCGGUUGUUGAGGACCAGGAAUUAGAAUGUUCUGAGGCCAUGACACUGCAACUGACGGAGGUGAAGCCUGAGGACCACAGGAAAGUUCUGAGAACGAAAUCUGCAGACAACAAAACAGCAGUCUCCAGCAUUGUCCUUAGAAAGCAGAGAAGGAGCCGGACCAAGCGGAAAUGCAAAGAUAAUAAUAAUCAGAGCUUAGGCACGUUUUCAGAAUGUGAAGCCGAUGAAGUAACAGAAAAGUUAGUUGAAGUUUCUGAAUCAAAAUGGGGUUUCGGGUUCCCCAAGAACAAGAGCAGAAGCUCCUCUCCUCGUAAACCGAUAGAGGCUUUCAUUUCCGAUUGGGGAGCCAUAACAAAGCGAAGACGAGGCUCCAGAACUCCUGCUGCUGCUUUUCAGCAUAUGAUCAUCGACCAUGUAGUUUAG